AGGCUCUGGUUGUCCAGUUGCGUUUGAAUGUUUUCCGUGUCGAAAAUGACGGAAGACAUGGGUUACGCGUACGACGAAUUAGGGUUCCCCAACAACAGAGGCUCGAUCCCUGUGUCUUCUAGUGGUGUAGCGGAUGUGGGCUUCAGAUUACACGCUUUCUUCUCCAGUUUCACUGAUUUGUUCAGUAAAUUUGGCAGGUACAUCGCUCCUGCGUAUCAUCACGACCGUUGCGAAAGAUCCGUUCAGAUGAGACUGUAUUCGAUGAACAAGCAGGAAUUCGCCUUGGUUUUUCUGGUAUUUUUCGGCCUGUACGCGUGUGCCGUGGUCAUUGGCAUCGCUGGGCCACCGAUCACAGCUACCAAACACAGGUCAGCUAGGCACGACCUGAAAUUGGAGGCCAAUGAUUCCGCAGCGGAAAGAGCUAUCGGUCUGGUUCCAUCGUACAUUGAAGAAGCAUCCCAUGAGGGACUGGGCGAUGGAGCAAAAGUGCUUCUCAUUGCGACUCAUGCGGUGGCCUUGUGGCUAGAUCCAUUUUUCUUCCUGGUGCUGGCGACUGAUUCCAUCUUGGCAACUGCCGCCGAUAGCUUCUUCCAAGCUAGUUUCCUUUGCGCGCUUCUCUUCUUCUGGCUUAGUGCUUACCAUGGGCUCAGGCAGACAAACAGGACGUUUCGAGGUUUCUAUUUAUGCAAGGCGUUGGUAAUCCUACCGGUCUGGGUUUGUUCCGUAUCCUUGUCAAUUUGGGAACGAGCAAAUCAAUUGUCUGACCCCACCUUCAGCGAAGAUGUGAACUCUUCAGCUUACUAUGGCCUGAAAAUAUUCUUCUUCGUGAUGGGUGCGUUGUACAUCCUCAUGCUGGUGCACCACAUUGUCAAGACGUAUAGCGACCUGAGAUCCAUGCCUUAUUUUGACAUGCGACUGAAGUUUCUGACAGUGCUUAUGCUGGUCGUGCUCUCGGUGUCGAUCGCCGUUGUUGUGCUGCGAUUUGGAGUUGGAGUUCUGGAGGAUCACUUCGUUUCACAGCUGAGCACAACGUACCGGAAUUCAGCCGAGUUCAUGUCAUUUUACGGACUUCUGAACUUGUACCUGUACACGAUGGCCUUCGUUUAUUCUCCAGCCGAAACCCCGCAACACCAAACCGGACUCGUGAAAGACAACCCUUCGUUUUCUAUGGUGACCGAAUCCGAUGAAGACAUUAUUUUUGGGUCGGAUGAUGACGUUCGACGUCCGCUGUACGAUUUCUCUCACGACGCCGAACUCACUGACUGA